ACGUGUCUUUUUCUUUAUGUAAUUUUGCCUCCGCUCAUGGCAAUUUGUCUGUGGUUCAAGAUAAAUGCCAUGACAGCCAGUUGGUGUAAAUACAUUUUAAAAUAGAUAGCUGUAGGGCUUUGUAUCUCCCACAGGCUAUUAAGGUGCUUAUUAAACAAAUCUGAGUUGUAACUAAAACUUGCGGGAUGUCAGCAUUUGCAUGGGGUUUUUAAAUUAGCUCAGAGGUUUUAUAUGUAGUUUCUUGAGUACACUUUUCUUUCAUUGUCUACCUGACAGUCAUAGCUAACAUGUACAAUGUUUUGCACAUAGUUAUUUCCAGAGUGAGGAAAAUACAUUUAGAUGCUUAAAUGUGGGGCCUAGAAAAGUUGACUUAUAUGUUUCUCUUGUUUUGUUUUGUUUUUAAUAAGCUUAGUGAAAACAAGAAUGGAGCGAUUUGGAGUGAAAGCUACUCCUUCUCGUAAUCGUUCUAAGACGGCUUUGUAUGUGACCCCUCGGGAUCGUGUAACGGAGUUUGGGAGUGAACUGUAUGAAGAUGAAGGAAAAUUAUUCUGUACUUCCUGCAAUGUCGUCCUGAAUCACGUUCGCAAGUCUGCAAUCAAUGACCAUCUCAAGUCUAAAACUCAUACUAAGCGGAAGGCAGAGUUUGAAGAGCAGAGCGUCAGAAAAAAGCAGAGGACUCUGACUGCUUCUCUUCAGUGCAACAGUGCUUCUCAGACAGAGAAAAUCAGUGUCAUUCAGGACUUUGUAAAGAUGUGUCUGGAAGCUAACAUCCCACUUGAGAAAGCUGACCAUCCAUCAGUGCGGGCUUUCCUAUCUCGCCAUGUGAAGAAUGGUAGUUCCAUUCCAAAAUCAGACCAGCUAAGGAAAACGUACUUGCCUGAUGGAUAUGAGAAUGAGAACCAGCUCCUCAGUGCAGAAGACUGUUGAGAAGAAGACUAUUUUCAGAGUGGAUUAUUAAAGUUACAUAUUGAUGGUGUGGUUUAUUUUUAUAUUCAUGCAUACACAGUGUUAUAUAUUAGUGUUACAGCUUUUUUAUUACUGUAAAAAUUACAGUCUAUCACUAAAAUUAGUGAUGUACCACAGACUCUUGAUAGCUCUGCUGUAGCAUUUAUAUCCACCAUGAAUCAGAACCCAUUUUCAAGGUAAGGAACAUUGUAUUGCUGACUGUGUAAAGACCAGCCCUAAACUGUGACAUUAACACUUAGGAUGGAGGACUUUUCCUGCCAAUUCAAUCACCAACAUGACAUCUUCAUUACACAAGGAAUGACAAAACAACAGGAAUUACUACAGUAGAGCUAUGGACCAUUUUUGUCCUAUAUUACAUUUCUAUCAAUGACCAGAAACAAGUCCUGUACCGUUAGAGUGAAAAAACCUAUAUAAUGGCCAAAAACAUUGUAACCUGCCCACAGAAGCAAAUUUCAACUGCUAGUAGAUCUUGACUUGUACCUGACAACAUGGAGACUUAGAUCUUUUUUAAAACACUUUUAUCCUAUCUAACGUAAUUGUGGAUAUUCUCAUCUAUCUAAAUACCUAAUUAUGAGUUCAUUUUUAUCUUACAACAAGGAGUGCCAUGGGUUUGUUAUUCAUUGCAUAAUACAAAAAGCAGUUUCUAAUCUCAGUUUUAAAUUUGCUGUCUUGCAAUUUCAGUGUGUCACCUUAUAGUAAGCUGUUAAGCUAGUGUCUGUGCAAAGUGCCUUGUGCAGCUGCUGGCCUAUAAAACACAUGCUCAAUCAGAGUCCCUAAUAUAGUUUGCUGCGGGUUUUCCUAGCGUAAGUGAGGAAACAAAACAUCUUAUUUUCAAUCUGUUAGCUAAAGACUAGGGCCCAGCUAGAACUAACCAGCCCACGUCGUUCAAGAGAUCUACUUGAGAAUGGGAUCAGUUAAGCUCUUGCACUUAUACCCUGUUCCUGGGUCUUGUGCUUGUAGCAGACUGAGUGACAUAAAUGUGGUUUAAAUGUGAGGUAAGCGUACCAAAAAGGAUGCAAUGGUAGAAUAAGUACAGUCUGGGUUACAGUUCCAUUUCCAAGCCAAUGCUAUGCUUGCUGGAUCUUUAAAAAGUGAAUUAUUUCAGUAAUCUGUAUGUGUGUGUCUAAACUGCAUUCAUGGUACCAUUUUCACAUCUUUUUGGAGAAUUGAGUGUUAUGCCUACAAUAAGUAUGGUGGGAGCCCUCAACUUUAGCCUCCUAGAAAGCUCUUGGGUGAGGAGAGAGAAUUUUGUGCAGAGGCAAGUAACACAACUGACUUUUCUGCAUGCUACUCCUGGACUGUGAAAUGAUGAGGUGCCGAUCAUUUCCUAGGCAGUGCAGCAUUUCCUUUCUUACCAUAAAGGUAGAGACAUAAGUAUGCUCUCUUUCAUGUUUGGCUCCUAUUUUGCUGCUUAUUCCCUUUUUUGUUGUUGUUUUCCCUAACUUUUUCUCAUUUUUCUUUAUUUUGGAGUGCUGACAGUAGUGUUCACUAAUGGUGCUUAUAGGUAUAGUUGUAGAAGGAUGCAGACCUUGGUUGGUUGCUUUAUGCAACUCUCAGUAGCGUGAAACACACAUCAGCUUGAGGAAGAAAGGAAAGAAUUUAAUGCUGACUGUUUUUAUGCAAUCUUCAAGGACUUGUCAGAUGAAUGGCUCAUAACAGAUUGUACUAAUACAAUUUAGUUAUUUCUUCCUUUGCAAUUGAUUGUGCGCUGUGCAAGGUGUAUUCGUAUAGAAACAAUAAACUAAAUGAAUAACAUGCAGGCAAUUUGUUGCGCUGGUACUGAACCCCAUUGCAGCUGCAGAGGUUCAGCACAGUUUUCAAUACCAAUUGCUGCCUUAGGAUUUCUCCUGAUCUUGGAUGUCUCAGUUUGCCUUAACAAAUGUGAUUAGCUGUGGGAUGUGCUUGUUGCAGCUUAAGAUCAUGCAUUGUUUAGGGCUGGUAUUGUUUCCUAUAAAUCCUCUUGGGUAUGUCUACACUACCCUCCUAGUUCGAACUA